AUGUUGGUUACUGCUGAUGCCAAACUUAAAGCAAGGAAGAUUGAUCAGCAUGUUUUUCGCGAGAUGGUUGCUAAGUCAAUUAUUCAGCAUGAUCUUCCCUUUUCUUAUGUUGAAUAUGAAAGAGUCAGAGCUGUGUGGAAGUAUUUGAACGAUGAUGUGCAAGUGAUAAGUCGCAAUACCGCUGUCGCAGAUGUCAUCAAAUAUUAUGAGAAUGAGAAAGCUGCAUUGAAAAGGGAAUUGAGAAACCUUCAUGGUCGGAUUAGCUUCACUUCUGAUCUGUGGACCGCAGUGACUGACGAAGGCUAUGUGUGUUUGACAGCACACUACAUUGACAGCAAAUGGCAAUUGAAGAACAAGAUCCUAGUAUUCAAUGCUCUGCCACCACCACAUUCAGGUAUAAAGUUAGCUAUGCAUCUUCUUGAGAUGUUGAAAGAGUGGGGAAUUGAUAAGAAGGUGUUUUCACUCACCCUAGACAACGCUACUAGCAAUGAUUGUAUGCAAGAUAUCCUGAAAUCUCAGCUGGUUUUGCGUGAUGAUUUGUUGUGUGGAGGAGAAUUCUUUCAUGUUAGGUGUUCAGCUCAUAUCCUCAACUUGAUUGUGCAAGACGGUCUCAAAGUGAUUGGGAGUUCCUUGCAUAAAACCAGGGAGAGUAUUAAGUAUGUGACAGCUUCUGAAUCCCGUGACAUUCUUUUUAGAAGAAGUUGUGAAUCUGCCCGUGUAGAGGAGAAGAGGGAAUUGAUUUUGGAUGUGCCAACGAGGUGGAAUUCGACUUAUCACAUGCUUGAGAGGGCUCUCAAGUAUAGAGCUGGUUUUAUCAAUCUUAAAACAAUGGAUAAGAACUUCAAGAGUAGUCCUACCAAUGAAGAAUGGGAUAGAGCAAAAGCCAUAUGUGAUUUUCUGGAGCCGUUUGAUGAGAUCACGAAGCUUAUAUCAGGUUCGACAUAUCCGACUUCAAACAUGUAUUUCUUUCAGGUUUGGCAGAUCCACAACUGGCUAAGAGUUAAUGAGUACAAUAGUGACGAGAUUGUCAGUGAAAUGGUCAUUCCGAUGAAAGAGAAAUUUGAUAAGUAUUGGGUGGAAGUUAGUGAUAUUUUUGCAAUAGCUAGCAUCUUGGAUCCUCGCUUGAAGCUCACACUUGUUCAAUACUGCUUUGAGAGGGACUGUAGUUUCACUUGCAAAACGAAGAUUGAGCAUUGCGAAGAUUUCUUCGCUUUUAGAAAGUCAAAUGUUGCUGUUAGUGGAAAGUCUUCCCUGGAUAUUUAUCUCGAUGAACCGCCUCUUGAUACAACCGAUAUUAAGAGCCUCCUAGAUUGGUGGAAAGACAACUCAAAAAGAUUUGGUGAGCUAUCUUCUGUGGCAUGCGAUGUGCUUAGCAUACCUAUCACAACAGUAGCUUCGGAGUCUUCUUUUAGCAUCGGAGGGCGAGUUUUGAACAAAUACCGAAGCCGCUUACUUCCCAAAAACGUUCAAGCUUUGAUAUGCAGUCGGAAUUGGCUCAAGGGUUUUGAAGCUUAUGAGAACGAGGAGGCUGAAAACUUGGUGGAAGAAGAUGAGACAAAUACCGAAGCUGAAGCUACUGAGCUUAGCUGA